AUGUAUUAUAUUAUUCUCAUAAUUUUGCUUAUUUUGAUAUUGUAUUACUAUUUGACUUGCAGAUGUUAAUUGGAUUAUGUUGCUAAUGAUCUUAACAUUGCAAUCAUUAAUAGAUGUAAUUUCAUAAAAAAGGUAUCCUUAUCCAUUUAAUUAAUAUAGAAAAUGUUUUACUAUACACCAUAUUUAUUUGCAGGAUUAUUAUAAGCCUUUAUUGCUUCUAAAGUAUAGGAUGUUGAUCCUAAACUAAAAUUUGUUAGAGAAUAUGUAGAUUUUGGAUAAGAUUUUGGUUGUUUUGCAUUAGAUUGGGGGAGUUAUGAAGGAAAAAUAAGUGAAUAAGAAGCGAAAAUGACAGAAGGUAAGCCAUUGGUAGUUGUUUUAAGUGGUUUGACUGCUUCAAGGGUUGAACCUUAUAUCACUAACUUUUUUUCUAAAUUUUGCCAGAAUUAAUCUGAUUGGAGAAUUGUAUUAUAUAAUGAUAGACUAUUUAAUAAUAGGAUCUAUUUGGAUCCAAAAAGAUAAAUACUGCCAUAGAUAGGAAAUUUUCAUCAUGUAGAGGAUUUUAGAAGAGUUUUAGAAUAUAUUGCAAAACAACAUAAUAAAAGCACCAUAUAUGCUAUAGGCCAUAGUUUUGGUUCAAAUACUCUUUUAAAAUAUUUGGGAAUGUGUGGAAGUAAUGGAACUAAUCCAUUAAUUAAAGUUGCUGUAAGUGUUGGAAAUCCUUAUGACUUUUAACUUGGUAUGCGAUUUUUAGAAGAUAGUUUAUCUGAUUCUUAUAUCAGAAAGCAUAGAUAAAGAAUAGCAAGGGAGUAAUCUUUAUGAAUUUAAUAGUAAGAAAGAUAGAUCAAUACUUACCGAUACCCAAACAUAUCAAUUUAGACAUGAAUAAGGUGUAAUAAGCCAAGACAUCAUUAGAAUUUGAUACUUACUUUACUAAACCAAUAUUUGGUGCACCUUCAGUUGAUUUCCAUUAUUUAUCUAUUUAAUGUGCAAACUAUAUGGAAUUUAUCAAAAUCCCUGUAUUUUUAUUAGGUUCAUUUGAUGAUCCAGUUAUAAAUAAUAGGGCUGUCUAUCCAAGAGAUGCUAUAUUAAAGAAUGGAAAUCUAAUAUCUUUAAUGACUCAAGUUGGUGGACAUAUAUCAUGGUUUGAAGGAGUUUUGAAUCCAAAAAGAUGGUAUUAUAAACCUGUUUUAUAAUAUUUGAAUGCAAUUCAUUAAUUGCUCUGA